CUGUCUGCGCAGGCCCAGUGUGCGCGCCGUCGCUACGCUGGGCGGCUAACAUGGCGGCCUCCACCCGGCUGUGCGCGCUCCUCCUGUUUUUGUGUGCCUCGGACCUUCUGCUGCUCCCUCCUCCCGGGGCCUGCGCGGCCGACACGCCGGGCGAAGCCACCCCACCUCCACAAAAGAAGAAGAAGGACAUCCGCGAUUACAAUGAUGCCGACAUGGCGCGACUUCUGGAGCAGUGGGAGAAAGAUGAUGACAUAGAAGAAGGAGACCUUCCAGAGCACAAGAGGCCCUCUGCACCUGUCGACUUCUCAAAGCUAGACCCAGGCAAGCCUGAGAGCAUCUUGAAAAUGACAAAGAAAGGGAAGACUCUGAUGAUGUUUGUCACUGUGUCAGGGAACCCCACCGAGAAGGAGACAGAGGAAAUCACCAGCUUGUGGCAGGGCAGCCUGUUCAACGCCAACUAUGAUGUUCAGAGGUUCAUCGUGGGCUCAGACCGUGCUAUCUUUAUGCUCCGGGAUGGGAGCUACGCCUGGGAGAUUAAGGACUUUUUGGUCAGCCAAGACAGGUGUGCUGAUGUCACUCUAGAGGGACAGGUGUACCCUGGCAAAGGAGGAGGAAGCAAGGAGAAAAAUAAAACAAAGCCAGAGAAGGGUAAAAAGAAGAAGGAGGGAGAUGCCAAACCACGGGCUUCCAAGGAAGACAACCGAGCUGGGAGCAGAAGAGAAGAUCUCUAGCAGGUGGUAAGCUUCCCACCAGGCAGGCAGGACCAGACUCAUGUCUUCUAGAAAGGGUCUGUGCAUGACCUCUGGUCAGUAUCACAGUUACUGUAUGAAGGCUUCACUCACGAAGGCAGGGCUUUGUGAUUUAUAGUGGACACUGGCAAGACAUGCUAACUGUGGCAUCACCUGACAUGGAAACUUGAUAGAUGUUUUGUACCUCUUGUAUCUGGUGAGUCCUUGACACCGCCAGAGUACCACUCCCUCCUCUUCACUGCACCUGAUGCGCCUGCGCUGUAUGCUCUCGUCAGACAAGCCUUGAGAACCUGUGGCUUGACUGGGGCAGGCAUUGAUUGUGCAAUCGGGGAAGAUAGUGUGCUGUGUGAGCAGUGCUGGCUCUGCACGCCCAGGAUCCAGACAGCAAGCUCAUCGUGCAGGACGUGCGGAUUCACAAGCUGGUCCUCCUCACCAAUUCAGGGGAUCCUUGUCUGUCAGUCUUCCUGUGGUUGUAAAAGGGAUGCCGUUCUUUCUCGUGUGAGGAGAGAAGAGUGCUUCCACUGAGGGCUCAUCCUCCCGUGGCCCGACAACUGUAAAGUCGAUGAGGAGGGACCAGCAGACUCUUCAGCAUGGACCUCAUCUGCAGUAUUUCCAAGUGUUUUUCUUUGAUAAAGUGCCUAAACUUGUGUUUCUGUAUCAUACUCUCCUGGUGUGCAGCUGGUCACAUCUGGGUUUUGUAUGGUACUCUCAUGGUGUGCUGCUGGUCACAUCUGGGUUUUGCUGUUCAUGGGUUAGAGCCUAUCUAGAAGAACAUUUCUGUGAGGAUGCUUUUUCUAAGAACUUACAUUCUUUAAAACCUCAGUUGUGAUUUUAAGAAAUUCAGAAUAGUACAUGUGUACAUACAUGGCUAGAGAGUGUCACUGUCAGAGUGUUGCAGUGUGGAGAAUGCCCUACCCUGCUGCCAAUAUUUCGUCCCAGUGGAGCUACUGUUGAUCAUUGGUUUUUCAAAAAUAAAGUAUGUUUACUGGC